AAAGAAAUUUUGGAUAAUCAACGAUAAGAUUAUUUUACGACAAGUGAUUUUUUCUUUAGAAAUUCACUCGUGAUAAUUGAUACUAUAAAUAGUCUAUUGACAUACAUUAUUUUUAAGUUUCAUGUGGUAUUUGACUUGACUAAUGUUGUGAUCCUGUUGCUGGGCUGAUAUCGAUCCUUGUCACAAUCUCCAAUUCCACCCAUCAUUCACCAUUGCAACUCCAUCAAGUCCUGACCUGUUGCUGGAGAGAUGGACCGUUGGGAAGGCAAAAUAGCUGUAGUUACAGGCGCUAGCUCUGGAAUUGGGGCUGCUAUAGCAAAAGUUUUGGUCCAAAAAGGGCUCAAGGUGAUUGGUCUUGCGAGACGUGUUGGACGGGUUGAAGAGCUUGCUGCUGAUUUAGCCGAUCAACCUGGAGAGCUUUUCGCUGUUGCUUGCGAUCUCACAAAAGAAGAGAGUAUUCUGGAAGCUUUCAAAUGGGUCAUUGAUAGCGUGGGGCCGGUGCAUAUUUUGAUUAAUAAUGCCGGGCUCACCAAAGCGACCAGUCUUUCCGACGGCGACAGCGCCCUCUGGCGCCAAGUCCUCGAGGUGAACAUCAUGGCUUUGUGCAUCUGCACCCGCGAAGCGGUCAAAAUAAUGAAAGAACACGACAUCGACGGCCACAUCAUCCACUUGAACUCCAUCGCAGGCCACCAGAUCCAAAACGUCCCCGACUUCAACGUGUAUCCGGCCUCAAAAUUCGCCGUUACGGCCCUGACCGAAACGCUCCGACAAGAGUUAGUCAGGGACAAAACCCGGAUCAAGGUCACGAGUAUAAGUCCGGGAGUUGUUCGGACCGAAUUCCAAGAAGGCAUGGGCGGAGACGACAUGAAGGAGAUGUUAGCGCAAAUACCGGCCCUCAAACCGAAAAAUAUAGCACAGGCCGUGGUUUAUGUCUUGGGGACAGACCCUGAUGUCCAGGUGAGCGAGUUGACGAUUCGCCCGGUGGGAGACCCGUUUUAAUAAAUUACGGCGAAAAUUGGUUUUAUCCAUUUAAAAAACCGCACAGUGUGACGCAUUGAAUGGACUGCAAUUACAGGAAUCUAUAAUUACAGGAAUCUGCACAACACAAUUGACAAAAAUUAAGGAUAUUGUUUUUUAUUUAAAUAUUUUGCACAUAAUUUGUAUUUGGGAUCUAAAUAAAAUAAUUUGGAACAGA